AUGUCCAAUAUUGCCUGGUCGAUCACCAGCACCAAGCGUAAGACCAAGUCCACAUCUUCAGCGGCAAGGAAGCGACGACGACUACAUGACACAGACGGCACGUCCAGCAGUCGACCCUCGAAGAGCCAACAGACUCUGACCCAAGCUCAAUGGGUCACAACCUUUCCUCCAAGUCAUGACGAAGGCGGUACGCAUUACCUAGACGACGGACAAAUACGAACCGCGCUACCAAGAAAGCAUCAACGAAGCGUGCAGAAGCCUAAUUCUACAUUGACCCAGAUGGAUUUCUUCGAUUUUCUCCCACGAGACUACACAAACGCUGACGACACUAUGCUUGGCGUUGUGAAAAGAGAGGACGACGGCUGCGUUGUUCCCCAACUCGACGGAACAUACGACAGCCCCAGAAAGCCUCGCAGGCGCAAAGCAAGCCCGAACAGAGUGAAUCCGUCAAUAAAGAACGCGCCUUCAAACGGAGCCAGGCCAGCAGAUUACAAGCCUAGCGAGAGGAAGAGGAAGAUUGGGUUCGCCGAAGAAGAGAACGCAGGGUCAUCUGGGAGAAGGACUUCUAAACGUCUGGCAGCGAAGAAUGAAGUCCUCUCCGACCCCGUGAACAACUUCGACUACUUUGCUGAAGCGUUGGCGUAUCAGACAGGAGAUAUCAAAUACAAUACUUCAAAUGAGACCUUUAACUACCCUUUGGAAAUCAAGAACUCGACAGAAAGCGAGGGCGACGUUGCACUGGACCCAGUGUCUGGAAGUCGAUGCUCUGUCCUGCCGCAAACACCAAAAAAGAAGACGACCGUUGUUCUCUCAAGUCAAUCCCCUGAGAGCUUGUGUCCGAGCACGCACAGAGGCAAACGAAAGGCAAACGAAACCCCUUCUAGAAGUCACCGAGCGCCUUUGGCUGAGCGAUCGGCCAACAUUCCUGUGGAAGCCACUUCAACUGGGACAGCAGGGAAGGGACGAUGGUCUCUAAGCCAUCAUUUGCCGAAGAGGAAGAUAGUUGUCCUGAAGUUUCCGAAGCAGAACCGUUGUCGACGCCCCACACGUACUGACCAUUCUCAAGGAAAUCUGUGGUCAAUUCCUUCAUCCUCACCUGAAUUGGUAAGAAUGGCCGCCACGGCUGUACAACCCCACACAACUCUAUGGACAGCUCCAGAGCAUUUUGAAAUUCCAGCCACAAGCCAAGGACAGGGGAGUGAACCAACCUCUGUGAUCGCCGGGAGUCAGGACAAUCUAAAUCUGAGUUCCGCUUUUACCAGCAGAAGUAGUGAUACAAGGGCGGAAGGUGUGGUGGAUUCUGCACAACAAGGAAAUCGAGGCGUCAUUGUCCGAGACUUUGCUGUCGCUCCUGCUACGCCAGUCAAGUCCGCUCUUCCCGGUUGUGAUUGCCACAUAAUAUCACCGCCCUCCCUCGCUCUCGAGACACAAGACGCAAAAGAGCCUGUAAACAAAUCCUUGCAGGGAAGUUGGGAGGAUGCGGAUUUCGGAUCGCCGGUUGAAAAUGACACGCAGUUCAAUAUCAGAAUCCAGCACCGUAUGUCAUCCCCUACUCUACCAGGGCAUUCGCCUGAGCAGUCAGAAGCUGGAUUCAACGCUGUUCUGCCCUCGACUCGGUCGCCAGUCAGUGGCGAGUGUGCCGGUGGAGACAAUGAAGGCCCAUACUCCGAGCUCCCGGACGUUGAGACAUUGCGCUGCCCAGAAUCUCCCCUGCCGCUUCCCAGACUGGUAGAGAUACCUAGCGCAGAGACAGAGGGCGAGGCGUUUGAAGUGGACAACGAUGCAGACGGAGGACCCUUGCCGAAGCCCACCUUUAUACAUCCGUCGAGCAUUCAUAGGAAGAUGGUACAGGUGCCACUGAACGACACCUUGCAAACCUCAUCUCCACAUUCCCUCUCGAUGGCAAGACUAAUCACGCAAAGAUCCGUUCAUCCUGCGUCAAUGCCUCACCCUUCACAAAUAUCGACCCAAGAGGGCACCCAAGGGUUUCUCCUCCAAUCGUCCUUCACACAACACCCUCGAGAAGCCAAGGUUGAGGGCCAAUCCGACAAAAUCACGAUCAAGGACUCUAGUUCUUCCAGUAUUCCACUCAGUCAAAUCCCCCACCAUGUCGGAGAGGACCAAUCUCAAUGGGAUGACGAUAUCGGCCCAGCUCAAGAAUUUGCUUCUGAGGAUGAUCUUGAUCUUGAUCCGCCUUCACUCCCACCUCAACCAUGCCGACCCCAGCCGGCGCCUCUGCAACUCACCACCGAACAAAUCACCGGCAGCAAAAGCAGAUCAGAAACGGCGAUACCUACAAAAGACAACCACACUCCCGAAUAUCAGCGCCCUCGGUCCUGCUCGCAACCUAACGACCUUCAACCCGACUCCGACUCCACUCCCGUUUGCAUCUCUGAACACUCCCUCCCAUCCUCGCCAGACCAUCCGCCACCAUUGGAGAGGGAAUACUCACCUAUUCACGGAUUCAACAACGAGACCCAGUCAAAUUUCACACAGAAUGGACACGUCACGGCGGCGUAUAUCCAUCGUCAGCGCGAAGCAGGCAUAUUCCCGAAAUGGUUCGUUCCCACGCCAUACCAGGUCCCCGGCUAUACGAGAAGGAAAUAG